AUGUUGGAGCAGUGGAUUAAUCUAGAUGUAACGUUUUCAGACAUUAUCGCUGGUCUAGAACUGAUGCAUUCUGAAGUAAAAGCAUUCGGUGGUGAUCCGACGAGGGUUACCUUCAUGGGUCAUUCUCAAGGUGCGAGCAUUGCUGUGGUUUUCACUGCUUCCAGUACAAUUGAUCCUGAUCAUCGACUAUUCCAACAAGUCAUCGCCUUGAGUCCUACAAUAAAUUACCGUCGCACCGACGACCUCUUAGAUCUCACGUGGCAGUUGGCAUAUGAACUAGGUUGCACUUCUUCUCAAUUCCGUCCCGGCAGAGGCUCCCCAUCGGAGGAUGCAAAGGUGGUUGCCUGCCUACGAAAGAUAAAAGCAUUAGACCUGUUGGCCAGACAGAGGCUAUUUGAAGACAGAGAUGGAACUUCAAUUGAUGGGAUGCUAUAUGGGCCACCAUUUGCUGGCGAAAAUCUGCCGCAUGAGGAAUUUGUACUUAAGAGUGCGGUGUGUUUUCUUUGUUUUCUUGCACAUUGA